GCUAAGGGUAUCCAUAAGGGGAGUGAGAGGUCCCGGGUUUAUGAGUACUACUUCAACACUAAGUUUACAGCCGGCGCUCAACUAUUCUGUUCCGAUUGGAUGGGUGUCUGUCAUUUCGAUGACAUCUAUCCUGUGUUUGGUCUACCGUUUCAGGAGUACGAUAGAUAUGGACCCAAAGAAAGGGAGAUCUCGGGGGCAAUGAUUAAGGCUUUCACUACGUUUGCGUGGGAGGGAAAGCCUGCCGACCAGUCCGGUGCCGAAUGGCUGAUCGACAAAAUAUGCCGGUUUACUUACGAUCUGAAUGAGACCUAUUGUUCACAAUUUCAUUCAAUGCUGGACAGGGAUGACUACCUCGACAUGAAGUCCACGAUAUUAAAGAAUAAGAAGCACUUUAUGUUAUAUCAAUCGGCUAUGGUGUCCGUCCCGUCCAUAUUUACUUUAUUACUGAUUGGCCAUUGGAUUGACACAUAUAUUAAGGCCAAGAAAUGGUUACUGAUUACCGCUCAAUCCGUAGGCACGUAUACAGGCGCUCACGUAUUGAGCGAACCCUCCCCGUGGACAAUGGGUCAGUUGCAUAACUAUUCCGGAAUAUUCUUGAUUAGUAUCAUCGCUAUGAUUGUGGCAAUCGUUUGGACAAUAUAUAUGGUGGAUGAGGAACGGGAUAUAACGGACUGGGAGAACAAGUUCAGUGUAAUACCCGACUCGGACAGGAACGGUAUUGACGAGAGAGUGAGUGAUAAACUCAGACAAUACAAAGAUAAUGAGGACAUACAUCCCAUGAGACUAUUAUUUAACAUCAAGAAUGCUAAACACAUGCAUCGAUCACUAAUGGGGAAAAGAGAUAAUCACGGUAAACUCGCCAUACACCUAUUGGUGACAGUGGUGUCCCUGUACCUAUUAGCAUACAUGGGACCUGUUAUCAUGAUGAGUGGUUUCGCGCAGGUAGUCUAUUCGUGGGACUUUCACACUUAUAGUGGUGGGGCUGCCAUUGAAAACCUGGUCCUGGCACUAGCAUUAUUUGUAAUGGCACCGGUACUAUUAAGGGUCUUAAAACUGAGAGACACGACACUAUCCCUGUUAGGGUUGACUUCAUUUUUCACACUAAACAUGACCCGAGCCCUGGCCCUCUCGACUGAUGGCUUUUAUUAUGCAUUAAUACCCGGCUGUUUGAGCGCACUGACCACUGUGGGCAUUAGGGCACACAUGACCAAGAUCAUAGACGUGCAUGAAAUGGGAAAAGUAUUCAGUUUGGUUGCCAUGAAUGAGGCAAAUACUCCGUUAUUAGCCACUGAAGUGUUUACUUUAUUAUUUGACGCCACCAUAGACUCCAAUCCCAAACUGCAAUUAAUAGUGGUGGCACUCAUACUACUGGUGCCCGCAAUUGUAAUCACGUGGAUCCAUUGUUACACAAAAAUCAAAAGGGUGGGUGAGUUCCUAAGCCUAUUGCGAGUGGAGCCCUACCUGUUUGCCAUCACAUUUGUCUAUACCAUGAAACGGGAGUUAACGGAACAGUUGGUGGCCGACAAGAUAUGUCGGUUUAAGUAUCACUUGAAUGCAACCUAUUGUUCAAAACUGCAUACUAUGACAGACCACGAGGACUACCUGGACAUGAGGCCCACGAUAUAUGAGGACAAAAAACAUCUAUUUCUAUAUAAGACUGCUUUAGUAAUAGUGCCCUCACUGUUGGCUACCGUUAUAAUCGGUCACUGGACAGACACCUACGUUAAGGCCAAAAAGUGGUUACUAAUUACCGGUGCUUUGGCUAUCAUUGCUGAGUGUAUUAUACUUAUACUCAAUGACUACUACUUUGAUUGGGCUACCUGGCCAUAUAUCGCAAUCACAACCCCUUUCCAUAUGUUAACCACCAGAUUAACAGUGGCUGAGAUUUUAAACUUACUAGCACAGGCACUGGGCAUAUACGCGAGCGCCCACAUAUUAAACUCGGACCCCAUGUUCAACGGGGGUCAGUUACAUAAUUACUCGGGGGUGUUUACCAUAAGUGGUGUGGUCAUAGUUUUUGCACUAAUUUGGUCAAUAUUUAUGGUGGACAAGGAGCGAGACAUUAGGGAAUGGGAGUUCAGAUUUGGCUCAGUAUCAGACAGCGUCGAUGGGAAAAGUGUGGCCCAUAGAGUGAACGCCAAACUCAGACACUUCUUAAGCCACGAGUUCAUACAUCCCUUGAAACUGUUGUUUAACAUAAAAAACGGACACAAAAUGUUGAUGUCGUUAGUGAAACGGCGCGACAAUUACGUGCGCUUUCAGAUCCUUUUGCUAUUCCUGUCUGUAAUCAGUUAUAUCUCGUCCAACUUGGGGCCCAUAGUCUUCGGCUACCAGUUCUCGCAGAAGGUCUACCACUGGGAUUACGACACGUAUGUCAACACGUCGGCCAUCGGAUGUCUGGCCAUCGCUGUGGGCACUAUAGCUCUGUCGCCAUUUCUUUUGGCGUUAAGACUACGGGACACGACACUAUCGCUGAUAGGUUUGAUGUCGUUUUUCUCGCUGCAACUGAUCCGGGGUCUCAUACUGUCACCAACCGGUUUCUAUUACUCAAUAAUACCCGGGUGUUUGGGAGUGUUUGCUAUAAUAGGCAUCAGAUCCCAUUUAUAUAAGCUAUUCAAAGGCCAUGAAUUGGGAAAAGUGUUGAGUUUUUUCGCCGCUACAGAGGCUACCACUCCAUUGGUGGCCACAGAAGUCAUUAACAUUAUAUUUAACGCCACAAUUGAUGAGAUACAGGGCCUCCCGUUCCUCAUUAAAUGCCAGAAAUGCUAA